CACCUCUCAUAUGCACCGUCGGAAUCAUCCGACAAAACCUGGGCGGCUUAUUGCCACUCAACCUCAAUAUUUAGAUGAAGCUAUCAUAUCAUGACAGCCCCAGAUAGCCGAUAUAUCGACGCUAUAGCUCAGAGGCACGAGAUCGGCCAUGUCACAGCCGGCUCGCGCGGCCGAUGCCCCGCCCCAGCGUGGAGACUGGGAGCGGCACAAGCGAAGGAUCGCACAGCUAUACCUGGAGGAGAACAAGCCCCUAAGAGAGGUCGCUGAUGCCAUGCGUACGGAGCAUAACUUCACUGCUACACCAAAGAUGUACAAGCAGCGCUUUCAUCAAUGGGACUUCCGAAAGAAUUUGAAAGCAGGUGAAGUCAAGAAGUACAAGGUCCAGACUGCAGCCGGGCAUGAGACCCAUCUUCCCGUUGUCCACGGACGUAAAUUAGGCUCUAAACGGCUGAAGUCUCUGGUUGUCAAGUCAAACAAGUCCCUGUCACGGUCACCGGGGUCAGAAAGCUCUUAUGGUACGCCAACGCCGACCACACCAGGGCCAGCCACGCCACUGCCGGGCACCAUUAGUGCUCCAGAUGACGUUCGUCUUGCCGAAAACUCUAUUCGUGCUGUGGUAGCAUAUUCGAGGACGCAACUGAACGACCAGCUCUGGAACCUUGCCAAUUACGACGAAAAACUCACUGGUACAUAUUUCUGGUCACAAGGGAUAAACCUUGCAGCAUACAAGAUUGCCGAGAAGCGGGAUCUAGCCGCCAACUUUCAAGUUCUGAAUAAAUCUUGCGAUGAGUUUAGAAGUGUCCUUAAGAAACAGGAUCCUUUACUUGUAUGGGCAACAUAUAACGCCAUCUUACAGCUUUCAAACGUCGGAGAGGAUAUAGCGAAGUCUUUCGCCAAAUUAGCCGCGGGUUUGUCGCAAAUACAUUUUGGAAGGUCUCAUCCUAUGACGGUGCUCUGGUCCAGUGUGCGGCGGAUGAGCGUGCAAGAUGUUCAGAAACUAGCACUACCCAUUACGGACGCGCAAUUCGGUCUGUUCCACGACGACUCAAGACCAGGCAACUCGUUCUGGCCUAAGCAUACUAUCAACGUGGCAAAGAAGCUUCAUGAUCUAGGCCUGAUCACUCCAGAACAGACCCAUCAGAAAUUAAACUAUGCCCUGCAGUGGAUUCAGCAAAAUCCAGGGCCGGAUAUCCAGGUAGCUGAGGAGCGGCUGAACUCGACCCGAAUGUUCAUUGCGUGCAUAUAUAUUGACCAUAAAGAGUACAGCAAGUCUGACGCUGUUCUUAGCGAAGUUGAACGAUGGAAAGACAACGGCGGCCUGAUUAGUGACAAUCAAUUAGUCAACUGCACAGAGAUACGAGCGGAGCUGGAGUGGAAGAUGGGCAACAAUGACAGGUCUGAAUUCUUGUAUAAAAAGGCAUUAGCGACGGCGCAGGAGCUGCUUUGGGAGAAGGACCCUGGCCGCAUCGGCUUCUCGUUUUCGGCCCUGGAAAACUUCUAUAUCGAGACGGGGAACGAGGACGCCGCUGAGACGGUACGGGCGGCUUAUAACGCACAUCUGCAAUUAUUUGUGGGCGAUGCCGAGGAAGGAAACAUGCUGAUGGAAGACACGAGAGUGCAAGAAUUAAGCGACUAUGAAAGCGAUGGCUGAGUGGAAGUCGUGCACAUAUAUGGACAGAAUGCCAAUAUGGUGGUCCCUACCUGACGCGUCUACUGACAUUGUGCGAGGAAUAUCCAGGCCUGGAGAAUUACAAACCCUCAUAUCGACAGCUCUCUCCAAUCCGUGUUGCAGCGGUUUGAAUAUACUAUUCAAGACCUCACAUUGGUGAGGUGGGCAGCAGCACCAACCUCGUCGGGUUGCAGCGCGGGGCUGGCUGAUUACGAAUGGGAAUAGGUUCAUAGUUCCGGGCAACUGAAAGACUGAAUAAACAAAUGAAAUGAAUGGCCG